AUGUUUGCAACCCUUGAUAAUCGUCGCCUAAAAUACUUUUGGGGAAGUUUAUGGAGCGAUACUCUUUUAUUUUUUUGCCAACGCUCUCAUGAUUCCGAAGCAAGUUCGAGAAAUCAAGCUUCGCGUAACAGCGACUCCACUCGUUUAUCGCUUACUCACUUCCUCGAUCGCAAACUGCAUAACUCUUCAACAGUCCCUCAAACCGUUCUGGGGAAAUUGACGCCUUUUCAAUCACUGGCCAGUGAGCAAGAUGGAAGCGUCAAACUAACUGAAGAAGAGAGAGAGUCUGCAACUGCUGAUGAGAAGUUGAUUUUGGGAAUGUUCAAGCAAGAGGGCAAAUGUGACUUUGUUCCUCUGUUAGAUCUUGAUGAGUUAGGAAAUUCUGUGGCAGGUGAUGGUCAAGGAGCUAGGAAAAGGAAAAAUCCAUUUGAAGCACGAGAUUGGAUUGAGACCACUGUUAGAGAGGCAUGGAGAAGAUAUAAGCACAAAAUUAAGAAGAAUCAUUUUUUGAAGUAUUCCAACAUGACCGAGAGACUCAAAAAUCAUCCGCCAAACGUGCCAAUAGCCCAGUUUAAGAGUCUUUGUGCUUAUUGGAGUAAGGAAACUAUACAAGCAAUCAGUGAAAAUAACACUAGAAAUAGAGCUCAACUAAAGUGGAUGCAUCGAAUGGGUCCCAAAAACUAUGCUUUGACUCGUGAAAAAGUGCGUGAAAAGGAAAAAAGAGAGCCCACUCAAUCAGAAAUGUUUGUUGAAACUCGAAAAGGAAAUAAAGGAAAGGAACUGGAUGUAGAAACUGGAAAAGUAAUUUCCCAACUUCAAGAAAUGGUUGAAAAGGAGGAAAGUGAUACAAAAGCUUUUAAAGUUUUUUUUGGAAAGGAGUGUCCAGGCAGGGUACGCUGUUAUGGGAGAAACAUAACUAAAACUUCCUUAAAGAGAAAGGCAGAAAUUAAUGCUUUGAAACAAGCCCACAGUGAAGAGGUCUCUACAUUAAGGGACGAGUUUCAAGAUAAGAUUGAUAGAUUGCAAAAUGAUUUUAAGACCGUAAUACAACAAUGCAAUCCUCAAAUUAAUAUAGAGUCAAUUGAAGAUUUGUUAGGAUUAUCUCAUGGAGAUGCUAAUAGUUCCCCAAAGGAUAUAAGACCGCAAAUGCAUUCAUCUACAUCAACUCAUGCUCCAUGUCAUGGAAAGCAAUGUAUCAAUGAAGAUGUUGAAAAGGACGAUAUAAAUGAUGAAAUUCAAGAGGACGACAUAAAUGAUAAAAUUCAAGAGGACGACCUAAAUGAUAAAAUUCAAGAGGACGACAUAGAUCUAGAUGAUGAAUUUCAAGAGGAGGAUAUAGAUGGUGAAUUUGAAGAGGACGACGUAGAUGAAGAAUUUAUGGAUGAUGACAUAUCUAACGAAUUUCAAGAGGACGAUCUGGAUGCUUUACUCCUAGAAGACAAACUUGAAUGA